AUGGACGAUGAGAAUGGCACUGUCAUUGAGCUGGAUCUCACCCGGUUAAAUGAAGUCAGCGUAUUUCCUGGACAAUUGGUCGCCUACUACGGCUCAUUUGAAGGUGGUGAGCGUUUUGUGGCUGCGAAACAGUUUCAGCCCUCACCCUUGAAACUGUCACCUUUGCGAAGGCCUCCAAGUGAUGGUAAGUUUUGAAU